AUGACAGAAACAAAGAUGCAACUGGAGGACUGGCUAGAUGACUUGUGUGUCCGCUUUAUUAUAAAUCUGCCUCGCGAGGAAUUGGAAUCAGUUGAGCGGAUAUGUUUCCAAGUUGAAGAAGCACAAUGGUUUUACGAAGAUUUCAUCCGGCCGCUGGACCCGGCCCUUCCUUCACUAUCCCUGAAGGCUUUCGCCCUGCGGAUUUUCCAGCACUGUCCGCUCAUGGCCAGCUGGUCUCGUUAUCACCACAUGACUGCCUUUUCCGAGUUCCUUGCGUACAAAACUCGAGUUCCUGUUCGUGGCGCUAUCAUGUUGAACCAGGAAAUGGAUGAGGUGGUUCUGGUCAAGGGUUGGAAGAAGGGUGCUAAUUGGAGUUUUCCCCGAGGGAAAAUAAACAAGGACGAAAAGGAUCUUGACUGCGCGAUUCGUGAAGUUUACGAAGAGACUGGCUAUGAUGUGCGGGAGGCGGGCCUGGUGCCAGAUGACGAGAUCGUUAAAUACAUCGAGAUCACCAUGCGUGAACAGCAUAUGCGGCUGUAUGUCUUUCGUGGUGUCCCACAAGAUGCCUAUUUUGAGCCUCGCACGAGAAAGGAGAUCAGUAAGAUUGAAUGGUGGAAGCUUUCCGAUCUGCCGACCUUGAAAAAGAGCAAGCAGUUUGAUCAGGGGCAAGCAGCAGCUAUCGCGAACAAAUUCUACAUGGUUGCGCCUUUCCUCCAUCCCCUCAAAAAAUGGAUUGCGCAGCAGAAGAAGAAGCUGGACCCGAAAACGCAAAUGGAUAUCAACCAGGUUCUUAUGGAGGCGGAGGUAUCAAUGGAUGAGGGUCUUCAGACCAUCAACGUUGAUCAUGUGUCGAGCCAAAUGCCCCUUGAGGCGGCCGUUCCCAGUGACCUGCCAGAAGUGGCAACAUCUCAGGAUGCAUCUGCGCAUCUCAAGCGGCUCCUCAACGUCAAUCCAAAUCUCGCUACGCCAGAGCCUGUCCAGGCUUUAUCUAAUGCCGGCCCAACUUCUUCGAGAUCGCACGCUCUCCUCGAAUUAUUGAGAAGCGGCACUUCCCCGAAUCCUCCAUCAGGGCCCUCGCAACCACCUAGGGAUGGUCCCCAGUUGCCCCAUCCUUCCUCUGGACCCUUUCCUGGCUUUCCUCCACAAUUUGGGCCGGCGGAAAAUGCACCACAGAUUCCGCCUCCCUAUCGUGGUUUUCCCCAGAUUCCAUUCUCAACAGCGGAUCCGCAUGCGCCUCGAAUGCCGCAAGGCUUCCCAGCGGCUCAUUACCCAGUGCCUCCAGGUGGCUACCCAGGCCCCUUUAGUUCACCUCAUCAACCUCCCGUUCCGCCAAGGCCCUUUCCACCAGGAUUCCACUCCGGACCCGCCCCGGCUGCAGCUCCAGCUCCCUACCAGCGGACGGGGGAUCCCCAGUUCUCGCAGUCAACGCAGCCACGCCAAGUUCAAGGAGCUGCUGUACCGCCUGCUAGCAAACUGCCUCCACCGAAGCUCACAAGUCAUUCAUUGGCGUUGUUGAACGUCUUCAAAGAGCAUACCCCGAAAACCUCCUUUGCAAGUUUAGUACCGCAGCCUGAGUCGUCUCCAAAGGUUGAGCGCAAGCCUUCCGCCCAUCAAGAUCAAUUGCUUAACUUGCUGAAAGGACCUCGUGGGCCAAUUAGUUCGCGACCGGCAGAGCUCCCGGCGCAACCUGCUUCUCCGGGUGAAAGGCAGAUUCUCCAACGUCCAAACACAGACUCGAAUCCUAGUCAAGUCCGUCAACAGACGGGCAAAGAUGCUUGGACAUCGGCCACGGUGUCUGGUCCACUAAAUACGCCACACUUCGAGGCCAUUUCGAAGUCGUCUGUGAGAAAGAAAACCGACUCGAAGCGUCAAGUCAACCGAGACAGACAGUCACAGCCUUUAGCUUCGCCCAUCACGAUUCUACCCAGACCCCAAAGUGCUAAGAGGGAACAAAUACCAAGUCCAGCUCCAACACCUCCUACCCAGAUUUCUGCGAGUCCACGGACUCGUCCUAUCAAAACCAAGUCACCGGAACCUCCAAGAGCGUGGCAACCCCAAAUUCUGCGUCGUUCAGAUAAGGUGGAUAUCCAUGGCAUAUUGCCUAUACGGCGGAAGGAUACGGAAGAACUCCAUGAGCCAGGCGAUCUCUCCGAGUCUCCUGCCACCCAGGCGGUUCCUAUUCCGCAACCUGAUACUUACCGACGGCCAAGUCAAACACCGGCCCAGAGAGAAGCCCUACUCUCGCUUUUUGGUAAAUCGGCACCUUCUCCGAAGUCCUCUCCCACGGCGCUGAACCUGCAAACCUCCGUCCCAAAACACUCGGGAACUCCUUCUGUUGUGAGCCCACUGACGCCCCUCCACCAACCGGUUGGAAAUGGAGCUUCCAGCAUUGACAAAGUGGCGUCCCCAGCUAAUAAGGCAUUUUUACUUGGUUUUUUGGAAGGCGUUGCUAAAGGGAGCAAAUAA